UGAAAGAAAAGCUGAAUUCAAUUAACGAUUGCCUGUCCUCAUGCCAUAGACAUCUUAUUCUCCCCUUUUCUCUCUUUUUUUGAAGAUAAAAGUAAAAUGUCAAGACGAGAAAUGUGGGGAGAGAGGAAAGGAAGGAAUGGAGGAGGGAAUGAGGGGAAAGGAGGAGGGGGAUAUAAGGAUAUUUAUUUUUAUUAAAGAAGCUAAAAACAUAAGAAAUAAAAUAUGUAUUUAUGUAAACGGAAUUGAUGGCAAAUUGAAAGUGAGGAUGGGCAAAAAAGAGUUAAUUUGCGUUAAAAGGAAGGAUGGCGGAAAUUUCGGGAAAAAAAUUUUUAAAAAAUAA